GGGAACCGAGAUCUCUGCUGGAACGACCUAUGUAUCUCGACUCACUCCAGUCAACGUAUGACCGAGCCUGGGUUGAACGAACCGAUUGAGAAAGAAGACCAAGAAAGAUGGAGCCCGAGUCAUCCACGAUGGGCUUGAAUGCGCCCAAGCCCAAUCUGACCGAACAGCAACGGAUUGUACAGAAAGGAGAUCUGCUUGUCGAGAGGUUCUGGAGGAUUUCGGAGGACUACCACCCGGAUGAAUAUGACGAGAAACGCCCAGACCCCACCGCUAGUCAAGCUCUUCCAGACAUCGAGCAAGUCAACUUGAAAAAGCAAUCGAUGGAUCGUUUGCACUCGAUUCUCUUGCCAUUACUAGGACGCCAAAUCGUAGAUCUUUCGAAAUUGUCAGAUCCAAUCAAGAUACGCAGAGAACCAGACGCGACUUUUGAGCUGAUGUUCAAUAAACUAGCAGAACUUGAACCGACUUUGGAACAACUCCGAUCUGAGUAUUAUGUGCUCUUUCCAGAGAAGAUAGAUACCCCAUAUCCUUACGAUAACAACGACCAACACCUGGAAGAAUUCAAGACCUUCAGAGUUCGCAGCCUCGGCGACCGUCUAAUGGUCGAUGCGAUACUGAAUGCGAUAAGUGUGAUUGAUGAGUCACGUGAGCUCCUUGAACAGAUGAAUCUCUGCAUCAAGAGGCACAGACGCUAUAGAAAAAUCGACAUCGAUCGCUGCCGAAAAAACAUACUUGAAUCUACGGCUGACACCCUCGAAGGAAUCAAAACGACCAAAGGAUGGUUAAGAGGGUCUGAGUUCGAGCUUAUCCAGCAUCAUUGGCCGACACAGAUACGCGUUUUUGAUGACACUUUGGACACACUCUCGACCCUGAUCGAUCCACCAACCAACACCAACGAACCAAACCCAACAACCCAACCUGAACAGCCUGAGAGGAAUCAUCUCAGCGAACCAGUUCUACAGAUGGCUAGACUCUCAAGACCAAUCAUCAAGCUCACCCGGUUAUUCUUCCACAAAAUAUCAAGACGGGUCAUAAAUAUGAAACAGCUUCCGGUUAGCGUUGGAAUGUCUUCAUUCGUGUUGAAAGAUUUGAGUGAUUCAGCCGACGAAGCUGGGAGAAUUUUUCAAAGACUUGUAAAGUUAUUAAGGGAGGUGGAUAAUAACGAGCAUGAAGACGAUGAGGCUAUUAGCAGCCCGUUCACUAAGAUAAGCAGCAUACUAGAAUGUUCUUUUGAAACCUAUCUAUUUUAUGUCUUACUGUAUCUGGUGCCUCGGUUGCCAGAAACUGGUAGUUUUCCCACUCAAGAUUCGUUCAACGAUUGGUGUAUUACUUGGCAUAAUCUCUUCUGCUUAGCUAUUGAAAACUUUGAGGACGCUGCAUCAAUGUUAGACAAUCCACACUAGCUUCUAUACUUCUUCUUCUCCUUGAGCAGAUGAAUUUUGCCUGCAAGAAAACAAGACAGACUGCUAACAAUAACAAAUCAAGAGCUAGCUCUGGCAAGCGUCGGUUGCACCUGGGGCCUACGAUUGCUCGCGAUGAGAGCACACUCUGAAUAAUGCACACUGCUUCAGCUUGAUUGCGUCAACGGCCGAUCAAGGACGACUUCCUCGGAGGGGGCUUGAGCUUGCGAGCCGGCCCCUUCCCGCGAGACCCUCCGGUCGGCAGGCAGGCC